AUGAUGGAUGCAUCACAAGACAUGUGUCCCGAUUUGGCGGACCAAACGCUUGCCAUCUUGCGUGUCCAAAUUAUGGAAGCACACUUGCAAGAUCUGUCUGCGCUGGGGGACAACCCUGUAUUUGUAUCAUUUCGUGUCCCUGGUGAAGAAUACAAGUCUUUUGAGACACCAGCAGUGCCUUUGAAUGCCAACGUCGCAUUUCCUCCUUUGCAGGCUACGUUCGAACAGCCGAUAACUACUGCAUGGUUCUCUCCAUUCGACAAUGCCGCGCGUGAUGAAAGUGGCACGGGCGAGGGGAUUACGCGGAGUAUAGAAUGGGAGAAAUCUAAGCCGAUAUGGGUCCCAAUUACAAAUGAGGAAGGCCAAAAGCGCGGCGAGCUUUUGAUUCGUCUGGGGCUUGAAAUGGGGCCUGCUAAAGCCGACGAGCCAGAGACCUAUCUAAACAUGCUCUACGAUUGUUUAUGCUUGGUCUGCGAAAAUGAUGAUGCGUUAAGUAUACACAAUAUACCGGCUACUGAGACUGUUGGUAUGAUAGAAAGCAACGAGGAGAUAUACGACGAUGGAUUCGACUCUGAUUCGAGUAAUCUCACGGCUACGAGUCAUUCCGUUGAAGAAGACAGGUUUAGUGAUGGUGUUGAAGAGGGGCCGCAUUUAAACGAUGAUGAGGAUGAUGAGGAUGAUGAGGAUGAUGAGGAUGAUGAGGAUGAUGCAGAGUUCUUACAAUCUCUCGCAGCAUUGGGUACCCUAGACAGCGACGGUGCAUCCAGCGACAGAGACUCGCCUCCGGACACCGAAGGAUUGGAUGCGAAUGAUACAGAUGACGCCAUAAUACCGUCUGUACAAGCGACGGAAGAAGACGGUGCUUUGCGACGGCGUUUCUUUGGUCUUGGCACACGCACCCUACGCCUUUCUAGAAGCAAGAAGCACCUACGCAGUGCGAGCGCCAGUUUGCUGCCUGAGAAUGAGGCACAAGGAAAGCGACUUUGGCGCAUGCCAAAUUUAAGUCUGCGUUCUUUACACACGCCAUCUUCGGCUGUACCAUCCGACAAGCCCCGCGCUUCUCGACGGCGGCUACGUCAGCAACGUCUGCGUCGAGGAGGCGAUUUUGCAUUCAAAGUUGCACAUGGCCUAGACGUGAUUGGUAUCGUUAUGCUUGAGAUUAUUGGCGCAAAGAACUUGCCCAGGUGGAAAAACAUGACGUACACAUCGUUUGAUAUGGACCCAUGUACGAUUGUUUCGUUCAACCGUAAAGUCUUCCGUACCCGUGUAUGUCGCCAUACAUUAAACCCUGUGUGGAACGAGAAACUGUAUUUCCACGUACGCAGCUACGAGGCCAAUUACAACAUCAAGUUUUGUAUCUAUGACUGGGACAAGAUUUCGCAACACGAUUACGUUGGCGAAGCCAUUUUACCAGUACAGGACCUCUUACGCGCGGCACCGAAACCUGAUCCGAAAACCAGCGUCUACAGUGAAAGUGACUCAUCCAUGAAACCAAUGAUACUACUGGAGCUUCCGCUGACAAGGCAGACAAACGACGAGCAAGACAAAUUUGGAUCGGGUGCACAGCCAGUGAUCAUUGUCCGCGCCGAAUACCAACCAUACGAGGCUAUCCGGCAGCGAUUUUGGCGGGAAAUGCUGCGAAAUUACGACACAAACGACGUCGGUAGCAUCGAUUCCUACGAGCUUGAAACAAUGUUGAAGAGUCUUGGAAGCACGCUGACCAGGAAAACGCUGGAGCAUUUUUUUACACAAUGUGGCAAGAAUGCAGACACCGAUGGGCUUUCCUAUGACGAGGCAAUUCAAGGGCUAGAGUCCUAUAUUUACCAGACUGCACUUGCUUCUUCUGACGCUGGCGACGAGGAUCAACAUUUUGUGUCGAGUGAAGCGUCCACCACAGGUCGAGACGGGCAAGCCUUGAGCGACAAUCCGAAUGAGCGUGUGAUUCGCUUGCGCUCAUGUCCACUAUGCAAUAUGCCACGUCUCUCGAGAGUAGAAGAGGUGGAUAUACUGACUCAUUUGGCGCUGUGUGCUUCGCGUGACUGGCAACUUGUGAACAACAUUGCGGUGUCCAAUAUUGUUACAGCCAACCAAGCCCAUCGUAAAUGGUACGUGAAAAUGAUCAACAAGGUCAGCCAAGGAAACUACCAGAUCGGAGCCAAUAAUGCCAACAUUUUGGUACAAGAUCGAUUUACUGGCGAACUUUUGGAAGAAAGAAUGCAGAUCUAUGUCCGGCUCGGCAUUCGUCUUUUGUACCAGGGCACGAGAGGAAAAAUAUCCGGCACACGCAUGAAAAACAUGCUCCGCAACAUGAGUGUAAAACAAGGUUUGAAAUACGACCACCCUUCCAGUGUUCGCUCCAUCCGACCAUUUAUCUUAUUUCACAAUAUUAAUGAGGACGAAAUGGUCCAAGAUGUAUCCGCCUUUACCUCGUUCAAUGACUUCUUUUGUCGAAAGAUUCAAAUGCAAUUACGUCCGACGGCAGACCCUGAUGAUCCGCGUACAUUGGUUAGUUGCUCAGACUGUCGUCUGAUGGCCUUUGAAGAUGUGGAAAAGGCGACAAAGCUUUGGAUCAAGGGGCGCAAAUUUUCGGUGGAGAAACUGCUGGGGAAGGCGUUCGACGAGGUGCCCGACAAAAACCUUGCUCUUAUCAUUUUCCGCUUGGCCCCCCAAGAUUAUCACCGAUUUCAUAUCCCUGCGGACGGCAUCAUCGGACGGCCAAACUGGAUAUCGGGCGAGUAUUAUACCGUGAAUCCGAUGGCGAUCCGCAGCGUCAUUGACGUUUAUGGCGAAAACACGCGGGUUGUUGUAUUUGGUACGAUUUAUGUCGCGGCGAUUGGCGCUAUGAUGGUUGGUUCCAUUGUGCUUUCGGUACAAGAAGGCGAAACCGUACAACGGGGAGAUGAAUUUGGCUACUUUAAAUUUGGCGGCUCAACGCUUAUUCUUCUCGCCGAAAACUCUCUACUGCAACUAGACGAUGAUUUGCUACAAACUUCAGAAUCUUGCAUGGAGACCUUGGUCCGCGUCGGCAUGCGCAUCGGCCGGCCGAAAGACCAAGGCGCAAGCCAAGCAAUGUUGUAUGCGACUGACGGCAUUACCAAUGACGAGGACUUGCAGCGCGCAAUGGUCGGUGUAGCUUGUAUAUGGUACGAAGGUAACCCGUGCAAUGCACACUUGCUUGGCGUUGGCAAGCGUGUUCGCGACUCUGUAAACGCUGCAGGUCUCACUGGGUACCAAUUUGGCGCUGUCGGCGUGUCAGAUGGCAUUAGCAUGGGCACAAAUGCUAUGAGCUACUCGCUACCUAGUCGUGAUUUGAUUGCGGACAGUGUAGAAAGCUGUAUGGGCGGCCAUUGGCUCGAUGGAUGCGUUGUGGUGCCGGGCUGCGAUAAAAACAUGCCGGGUGUGCUUAUGGGUCUCGGCCGUCUUAACCGUCCUGGAAUCAUGGUAUACGGUGGCACGAUCCGCCCUGGGAGCUGUAGCCAGGUUUCCGGCAAUUUGGAUAUUGUCAGCGCAUUCCAGAGCUACGGCCAGUUCCUUGCUUCGGGCGGCACGCCAAAGGCCGAGGAAGUUCGCUACGAUAUUGUCCGCCACUCGUGUCCCGGCCCAGGCGCAUGUGGUGGUAUGUAUACCGCCAACACUAUGGCGUCUUGUGCCGAGGCGUUAGGUAUGACGCUCCCUGGCAGCAGUUCAUUCCCCGCAGAAGAUAUUCGCAAGCAGGAAGAGUGCGAUAAUAUUGGCGAAGCCAUGCGCAAUGUGCUGGAAAAAAACAUUUGCCCCCGCGACAUUAUGACGAGGGAUGCAUUUUUGGAUGCAAUAGCACUUACCAUGGUACUUGGUGGGUCUACGAAUGCGGUCCUUCAUCUCAUUGCUAUGGCGAAAAGCGUGGAUGUGAAAAUUACUCUUGACGACUUCCAGCAUCUCAGUGACUCGACACCGUUCCUUGCAGAUCUCAAGCCCAGCGGCAAGUACGUGAUGGAAGACGUCCAAAAGUACUGCAAUGGUAUUCCCGCUGUCAUUCAUUACUGCAUUGAAAAAGGACUGAUGAAGGGCGAACACAUGACUGUCACUGGCUUUACGCUUCGUGAAAACGUCGAUCGCUGGGUCAAAAAGUACGGCAAGAUGCCGCAAGACCAGGACCUGAUCCGUCCUGUGGAAGCCCCAAUUAAGCCUUCUGGCCACAUUCGUAUUUUGUUUGGCAAUCUGGCGCCUGGGGGCGCGGUUGCCAAGAUCACUGGCAAAGAGGGUCUUCACUUUACUGGCAAAGCGCGCGUCUUUGACACUGAGGAUGCCAUGGUCCACGCGGUGGAGGAUGGCAGCAUCAAGAAGGGAGAAAAGACGGUUAUUAUUUUGCGCUACAAGGGUCCGAAGGGCGGCCCCGGUAUGCCUGAGAUGCUUAAGCCAACCUCUCUCAUUAUGGGCGCAGGCCUCGGCCACGAUGUUGCAUGUGUUACCGACGGUCGUUUUAGCGGUGGCUCGCAUGGCUUUGUCAUUGGCCACGUUGUUCCUGAAGCACAGGAGGGUGGCCCAAUCGGUCUUGUCGAAGACGGCGAUAUAAUUACCAUUGACGCCGAAGAGAAUACGAUGAAUGUGACGAAUGUCGACGAAGCCGAGUUUGCUCGUCGCCGUGCGAACUAUACACCGUUUCCUUUAAAAGCAAAACAGGGCAGCUUGUUUAAAUACUCCAAACUGGUUUCCAACGCCUCGGAAGGGUACGUAUUACCACGUUGA